CCUAUUGGUCGGGGCACACGUCUGUCACAGGCUGGCAGUGACUCAUGUGGAAGCUCCCUUGGUGGAAACAGGGACGAAAUGGAUCAGCAGUCGUAACGGCGCGGAAGAUCAAAAUACUGUUCAUUGAGCUUCCCAGUAGUAGCAUGGCAGCAGCAUUCCUAGAUGUUAAGGAUGCUCACUCACUCCUCAAGCGUUUUCCUCGGGCUAAUGGCUUCCUGGAGGAGUUUCGACAGGGCAACAUUGAAAGGGAGUGCGUGGAAGAGAGCUGCAGUUUUGAGGAGGCCAAUGAGGUGUUUGGAGAGAAGGAAAAAACAAGUGAGUUCUGGAAGAAGCGCAAUGGCAACACGGUGAACAGCAAUGCAGCAACACAUUCAGAGCGGGCAGACACCAUAUACAUGGUGGUGCCACUGCUGGGUGUAGCCCUACUCAUUAUCAUAGCACUCUUCCUCAUCUGGCGCUGCCAACUGCAGAAGGCCACACGCCGGCGGCCGGCCUACACGCAGAAUCGCUACCUGGCCAACCGCAACGCCCGCAGCCUUCCCAGAAUCCUCGUCCACCGAGACGGGCCCUCCCAUACGGACACCUCUCAUGACGGGCCAAGUGUGGUGGUUAGCAGUGGUGGAGAACGAGGAGGAGGAGCCUCAACCACCCAGGAACCCUCCAAUCAUUGCAGUCAAGCGCCGAAUGGUCGGGGCCUAUACGUCCAGGAUUCGUCCGUGUCUGUGGCAUCACGUCUGUCUGGGGCCACGCCUCCACCUUCAUACGAGGAAGUGACAGGCCACUUGGAGAGCAGCAGCGAUGAGACCACAGCCCCUUACAGUGAUCCUCCACCCAAAUACGAGGAGAUAGUUAAAGAAAAGUGAAAGCAAAUUCAGCAGAGAUGCAAAGCUGCCACAACUACCGUGGUGAAUUUGAGGAUUGAGCACUUAAUCCUGAGCGGUUGUUAUUAUGUGUCUCAUGCAGACUAGCUGGCUAGCUGCUAGCUGCGUUUUGGACCUCUUGAGUUGCCCUGGGCUGCUGCCUGAAGGUUUUGAUGGAUAGUGUGUGCCGCACUACUACCAAAUGUAAUCAUUGUCGUAAAGUCUGUGUCCCUGAGAUCUGAACUUUUGAAGAUCAGAGGUGGGAUUUGUUGAUGGGACUCCUCAAUGUUCUUUCUCGCACUCUUCCAGAACCUCAUCUGCCAUUUCCUCACUGCUUCACCUUUCACUACUUGCACCAGGAUCCAGCCUCAGCUCAGUCCUCACAGAAGAAUAGCUGUGAAACGAAGUGGGAACAAUAUUCUGCAGAAUAGUUGUAUGGACAGAAAGAGCACCCAAUAGGGUGGCUGGUAAAACGUUCGAAAUUGCAUAGGCCCAUGGAUAGAUAGAAUGCAAUCUAAGAUUCCUGUGUAAAGAAGCUGUGUUUCAAAUCACUGUGUGCUACAUCAUUAUAUGUUGCUGAGAAUUUAAUUUGGCUAGGUCCACUAACACAAUCUUAGUCCUAUUACACAAAUAUCCUUAUAAUUAGUAAAAAAAAAAGAAAAAACAGAACAUAUAAAAAUUUAGAGCAGCUCCAGAUGACUUUAAUGAUAUGCAAAUAAUACACAGGUGAUCCAGCAAUUCAGUUUGAUAAAAUAUAAUCAUUGUAUCAAAUAUAUUUGUAAGAAACACAUGCAACCAGACCUGGUAUUACCAGCGAGGCCUGGUAGAACAGGAUCAUUUUGCUGCACAUUUUUAUUCCACGCACGUUUUUCUCUCUUCGCUUGAAAGCGAAAUUCAAUGCUGGCCUUAAACACAUGUAAUGAUCAAUAGAUCAACAAUCUGUCUGUCUAUUCAGCACAAAUGCCUCCAGCAAUUUCACCAAUCUUAAGAGAUUCUACUUCCAAUAAUCUCCUUAGCAUGCGUUUGUUCUCCUUUCCAAGACACAAUUAUUGCAGCAUACACAAAAACUCAUAGCCCACUGAGAGCACAAUUACUGGAUAAUGUAACAUUCCUGACUCCUAAUGACUCCCUACUUCUUCUCCUUUCUCUCUCUUUCCCCCUUCCACUCUGUGACUGUUUACAGCUUUUGUUACUCCUUUUUUAUAACAGCAUAAAAACAGUGUGAAUUUGUAUAAAGCAUUAUGUGGCUUUUUCAACCUCACCGGGUGCUAUACUGUAAUAUAUAAUGCUGCUUGUCCUCACAUCGUCUGGUUUCUCACACAGUCUGUGACUCUUGGCUCUGACGAGUCAGGCAAACUGCCCACCCAUUAACAUGCGCCUGAACAGUGUUUCCAGCUCAGGUUUAAGCCAAUGAACUGCCGCCUUUUACGGUAAAUAUGUAAAUAAUCUCUCACUGCCAGCCAAUGGGGGGAACUGGGUUGUGCGUUAAAAUGCUGUGUUUCUUUGACUGGUACUGAAAAUCAGCACUGCAUUCAGAUUCAGACUGUAGAGCCACAUGUUAUGGAGUAGCAGAAGAGUAAUGCUAAUAAAGCUAAUAUAGCCAGAAGAUGAACUACUACCACAUGACCAUGUGAAUAAAAGUAUUAUAACAAAUGCAACAAUGCAAAUAUAAUCCGAAAAUGAUUGUGCACAAUACACUACCCCAUAUGAACAAAACGAAUAAAGUAUUGUAAUGGAGGCAGUGGGCAGAGCGACAAAGCUAGCAUCAAGAUGAUGUAGCAUCUCAUGCUAGUCACUGUAGGUCCAUCCCAGUGACUCGAAUGGUGCUCUGUUGCUUAUGAAGCUGGGGGCUAACACCUUUAGCGUGAUGGACUUGCUUGGAGCACUUGGGCUGGAGUUCCAAUCCAAAGAUUCCAAGAAACAAGCCCUCGGAAACUCACCCAAAAAUCCAGAGGCUGAACAUUGCAUCCAUCAAAUAACAGCAGCGGAAUAAACUGGUUGGAUAUACAGUAAAAGGCUUGAACUGUUAAGGUUUAAGUGGAGCAUAAAUGACCUUGCCACCUCCUCUCGCUCAUCUUUCAUCGUGGAGGAAGGCACAAGGCCUGCUACGUUAGAGAUACUGCCGCUUGGAUUGAGCCUCUGAUCAUAUCACCUGAGCCAAAACGACUAAUGGAGGAAUACUGUGGCUGAAGGGAUUUUUACACUUAAAUAGCACAAAGCCCUAGAGACUACAUUGACUGCAUCAAUGGUCGAAAGUGCUGAUCUAUAGUCAGUGUGUGACUUUGUUCUUGGAAGAUUGAUGAGUGAAUGAGAGCAGACAGCUGACCUUGGAGCAGAAGGGAAUGACUGCUGCCUCGCAGGGUGUGGAUAAGGCUGGAAGGACGGUAAAGUGGAGUUAACAGUUUUUCUGCAUAAUUUAAUGGUUAAAUUGUAAACAGUCAUUCAGAGUGGUCUGACUGACUUUACGUUAGUGGUGAGAGGGACAAGGGGUCAAAGAUGUUGAAUAUGUACUGAUCUCCAUCCAACAUAUUCAUAACUAUUAUAGGUAUAACUUUCUGUCUACCAAAUCUAAAUUGAUCAGAACAAACCAUUCUGAAUUACUUUGUUUACAUCAUACCCUAUAGACACCCGAUCGUGGAUUCUACUGUCAGACAGAUGUGAAAUUUUAGUUGAAAAUGAGAAGUGAGUCGAUGUCCUUAAAACAAUAUUGUACAGACACUGAUUUGUGUUUGGAAAUCAAAGUGAUCCACCAAAAAACAAUAUUAGGUUGAUAUCCCUCACAUUUUGUCGUCAGUUUUCCAUGUCAAAUUGAUGUUGGCAUUAGACAUUGUCCUGACAUAGAAUUUUUGGUCACUUAAUGUCACAAACUACAUUUAACCAAAGAACAUCUAUGGUCAUUGGUGGUCAGCGGGGUAACCAUUUAAUUGUGCAGAUACUUUUCCACUAACAAAUCUGUGGAGUUCACAAAUAAUGCUACAGUAUAACAGAGAGUAAUGGGUUGUGAUUAAAGUGCUUCACAUAAGCUUCUAAUGCAACACCAUUGUGUGUGUUGCCUGAAACCUACAGUGUGUUUACUUGAAAAUGAGAAAAACAGGAGUGUGUGUGUGUGUGUGUGUGUGUGUGUGUGUGUGUGUGUGUGUGUGUGUGAGUGAGUGAGUGCGGAUGUGUGUGUGUGUGUGUAUGUGAAUGUGUAAGUAAGUAUUGCUACCUACCUACCUAGAAUGUGCCACCAGAGCCACAGUUUUCUUUCACAAGUUAAACAUGUUGUUUGUGUGUGUGUGUGUGUCAUGUAUCGAAUGGCAGAACAUCUGUGCACCUUUGUUCUUCUGCUCAGCCUAACUGCAUGAUUUUUUUAUUAUUAUUUAUAUUAAUUACUUAUUUUUAAAGACUUAAAAUUAUGUCUACAUUUUUACUGAGGCUCUAUAUAUCUUGUAUAUUUAUGUGCUGGUUACACCUUUUAAACACUUUUUUAAAUCAAUGUAAGCGCUGUUGGAAUUGUAAUAGAUAUUUAUGUAAUACGAUCAAAUUGUACAUUUGUGUAUGCGUGAACUUGUAUAAAAAAUUAUCACAUCUUCAUAUUCUGGCAAUCUCCAUUCCACACAGAUGUUUUAUUGUUUUUGCAUAUCCCUGUUUAAGUCAAUAUGAAUCACCAGCCACUGGCCACCGAUGCAUGAAGAUACAUUUGCUUAUCUUUUUCAAUAGCUUUAUCUUACUUACACAAGUUCCACAUGAUCACGGCUUCACACACAUUAAUGAAGAAGCUCAUCCAAAGAAAAUGAAGGUGAUCUCCACUCCACAUGGCUUUAUUUUGCUUUUACCAGUUUUGCUGACUUGGAAAAACAGCAAAAAAAUUGUUUGAGUCUUCCCUAAAAACCUCUCUGUCUCUUUCAUUAUCUUGUCUUUCCCUUUCUUUUCCUCUCUCUCUCUCUCUCUCUCUCUCUCUCUCUCUCUCUCUCUCUUUCUCUCUCUCACACACAUUUACCUCUUUGUAUUCUGUAGAGCUUCCAAUCAGACUGGUUUAAGAACAGAUAUAAUAUAACUCAACCUGUAACAAUAUGAAAUUACACAUGCAUAUCAGUGUUGUAAAUGAUGUUAGCAGCAGCUUAAUAUUGCAAAUCAGUUAGCCGUUACACACAGUUGCUAAUGCUACAUAUGAACAUUCCUCUGUUUUUACCUUUUUUACUGGCUUGCUUUCUUGCUUUAAGUUGCUUAUCAUUCUGCUGUGGUCAGGAUGGUAGAGUAUGUUUGAGAUAGAAUUAAAUUGGAAUAAAAUGUCAUUUUAUGCCAUAAUUAGCUUCCAGCCACAUCCACUUCUAAUUAAUGCUAAGCCCAAGACAUUUGACCCUAUAUGCACAGCCAGACAGGGUUCUUGCUGAUGUUCUUAUUUUAUUUGGUUGGUGAAUUGAGUAUAUCUGUAUUUGCUUCAUGUAUUCCCACUGUGUCAUAACAAUCUGUUUCUAAGUGCCAAAAGUCCCUUCGAGAAAGCACUGUAUCCUUCGCGAAUAUUAAACGAGUGAACCACA